AUGUCAACUUCGCUCACCGGUCUUUACUCGAUGCCAUUUGUACGAGCGUUACGACCACAACGUGCUCGAACUUCUCUCACGGUGAUCAUCAUCAAUUGCAGCUUGGUCCUGGUGUUGAGCUCAGGCGUUACCUGUGCUUGCGAAUACACUCGGUUGGCAUAA